CAAGUAUCGCGGGAACUGGGAAGGGCGAGCGAGCGUAGCGCUUAGAAAUCACUAUGGUGACGGGAAGGCCGGGAGACUUCUCGGCGACUAGUCUCGGCUCUGAGAGAGUCGCCACUGCUUUCCUGGAUCUUGAGCAUCAAGAAUUAGUAAGCUGUGUGGGUUGGACUACUGCUGAGGAACUGUAUUCAUGCAGUGAUGACCACCAGAUAGUGAAGUGGAACUUGUUAACCAGUGAAACAAGUCAAAUAGUCAAGCUUCCUGAUGACAUCUACCCUAUAGAUAUUCAUUGGUUUCCAAAAAGUUUAGGCAUAAAGAAGCAGACUCAGGCAGAAAGCUUUGUUCUCACAAGUUCUGAUGGAAAAUUCCAUCUAAUUUCUAAGUUAGGAAGAGUGGAAAAAAGUGUAGAGGCCCACUGUGGAGCAGUGCUUGCAGGAAGGUGGAAUUAUGAGGGAACAGCAUUAGUUACGGUUGGAGAAGAUGGACAAGUAAAAGUCUGGUCAAAGACUGGGAUGCUUAGAUCAACUUUAGCUCAACAAGGAAUACCAGUGUAUUCAGUAGCAUGGGGCCCUGAUUCAGAAAAGGUUCUUUACACAGCAGGCAAACAGCUGAUCAUUAAACCUCUUCAACCAAAUGCUAAAGUUUUACAGUGGAAAGCUCAUAAUGGCAUUAUUUUAAAAGUAGAUUGGAACUCAGUCAAUGAUCUUAUUUUAUCUGCUGGUGAAGACUGUAAGUAUAAGGUUUGGGAUAGUUAUGGCCGCCUGCUGUACAACUCACAGCCUCACGAACACCCAAUUACCUCAGUUGCCUGGGCGCCAGAUGGAGAGUUAUUUGCUGUUGGAUCAUUUCAUACUUUACGCUUGUGUGAUAAAACUGGGUGGUCAUAUGCUUUAGAAAAACCCAACACUGGCAGCAUAUUUAAUAUUGCAUGGUCAAUUGACGGCACUCAGAUUGCUGGAGCCUGUGGAAAUGGCCAUGUUGUUUUUGCACAUGUGGUGGAGCAGCAUUGGGAGUGGAAAAAUUUUCAAGUAACACUAACUAAAAGAAGGACAAUGCAGGUUCGUAACGUUCUUAAUGAUGCCGUGGAUUUACUGGAGUUCCGUGAUAGAGUCAUUAAAGCCUCUUUGAACUAUGCACACUUAGUUGUUUCAACAUCUCUUCAGUGUUAUGUGUUCUCUACGAAGAACUGGAAUACACCACUUAUAUUUGAUCUCAAAGAAGGAACUGUUAGUUUAAUUCUGCAGGCAGAAAGACAUUUUCUUCUGGUAGAUGGUGGUGGCAUCUAUCUGCAUUCUUAUGAGGGGCGCUUCAUUUCUUCUCCCAAGUUUCCUGGAAUGAGAACAGAUAUUCUGAAUGCACAGACUGUGUCUCUGAGUAAUGAUACUGUAGCAAUAAAAGACAAAGCUGAUGAGAAAAUAAUCUACCUGUUUGAAACAUCAACUGGAAAACCCUUAGGGGAUGGGAAGCUUCUUUCUCAUAAGAAUGAAAUCUCUGAGAUUGGUCUGGAUCAAAAAGGACUUACCAAUGAUAGAAAAAUUGCUUUCAUUGAUAAAAACAGAGAUCUUUAUAUCACCUCGGUGAAGCGAUUUGGAAAGGAAGAACAAAUUAUUAAACUUGGAACCAUGGUGCAUACGUUGGCAUGGUGUGAUACAUGCAAUAUCCUUUGUGGACUUCAAGACACUCGAUUUACAGUAUGGUAUUACCCUAAUACCGCUUAUGUGGACAAAGACAUUUUGCCUAAAACAUUGUAUGAAAGGGAUGCAAGUGAAUAUAGUAAAAACCCACACAUUGUGAGUUUUGUUGGAAAUCAGGUGACUGUAAGGAGAGCUGACGGCUCCCUGGUACACAUCAGCAUCUCACCAUACCCUGCCAUCCUCCACGAGUAUGUAAGCAGCUCUAAAUGGGAAGAUGCUGUACGACUUUGUCGUUUUGUUAAGGAGCAAAGCAUGUGGGCCUGCCUAGCUGCUAUGGCAGUCGCUAAUCGAGAUAUGAUUACUGCAGAAAUAGCAUAUGCAGCAAUUGGUGAAAUUGAUAAAGUUCGAUACAUCAGUUCUAUAAAAGAACUUCCAUCUAAAGAAUCAAAAAUGGCCCACAUACUAAUGUUUAGUGGGAACAUACAGGAGGCUGAAAUAGUACUUCUUCAGGCUGGCCUUGUUUACCAAGCAAUCCAGAUCAAUAUUAAUCUCUAUAACUGGGAAAGGGCACUGGAAUUGGCUGUAAAAUAUAAAACCCAUGUUGAUACAGUUCUUGCAUAUCGUCAAAAAUUUUUGGAGACAUUUGGCAAACAGGAAACUAAUAAGCGGUACUUGCAAUAUGCAGAAGGUCUCCAAAUAGAUUGGGAGAAAAUCAAAGCCAAAAUUGAGAUGGAAAUUACUAAAGAACGAGACCGAUCAUCAAGUGGCCAGUCCGGCAAGAAUAUGGGCUUAAAGCACUAAGUGCCAUGCUAACCUUUAAGGAGCUUUAUGUUUGAAUCUAGUACUGAUUAACCAAAGAUAUGCAUGUCUUGAUUGCUAAAGAAAAAGGCAUCAUUUUAAGACUAGGGCUGUUACUCAAUGGUAUAACACUUGCCUAGCAUGCAUGAGGCCCUGGGUUUGAUACCUAGCACUGCCAAAAAGAAAAAGACAUUAUCUUCAAUUAAUUGUAAGCACUUUCAUGUCUUUAAUACUAAAAGUACAUUCAGGAAAAUUAAGCACAAAAUAAUUGAUUUAAUUCCAUCUUUUAUAUUUUUCUAGUCUAAUAAUUAGCAAAAUAUUUCCAUAUACUUAUUUAUACCCAAGGAGUGUUGAUUACAUUCUAGUUUUGUGUUCAUUACUUUAUUCCUGGUUCUUCAUUAUGAACAAAUAUUAAUGCUGAUAAUAAAAUAUUGGACUCUUUAAAAUGUAUAUUAAUUUCUGUUUGACCUGUAAAAUGUAAAUUAUCUCCCAAAGUUUAUAAAACAAAAAAAUACCUGAGGCUAAUUUCUGAAAAUGUUACAAUGCAGACAUUCAUACACCAAAAUUGAUAACACUAUUUAAAUAGUAAAAGCUGGGAACAGCACAACCUUCCAUCAGUGGCUGACUAGAUAAAUCAAUGUGUUUUACACAUGUGGUGGGAUAUUAUCAGUCUUAAAAGGAGUAAACUACUGAUACAUGCUGCACCAUGGGUGAACCGUGACACAUUUGCACUAAGUCAAGCAAACUUAACACAGAAGUCAUUUUGCAAGAUUCUACUUCCAUGAGCUGCCUAGAAUCAGCAAGUUCUUUGACACAGAAAGGAGAAUAGUGGUUAUAAGGGACUAGGGGGAGGGGAAUAUUGGAGUUUAUUAUUGUUUCUUUUAAAUAAAUAUUCUUUGAGAAUUUCAUACAAAUUUCAUAUAAUGUGUUUUGAUUUUAUUCACCCCCAAAUACUCCCCUUAACUCCUCCCAGUUCCACUCCUGCCUCCCUACUCCUCCAAUUUCAUGUCCUUGUUUUAAACAACCCAUCAUCUCCAAUUUGUGCCUCUCUCAGAAGCCAUCAGCUGUCCCUAGCUCCUUAGGGGUGAGGGUUCAGGAAUCCCUUCCCAAGGGAGUUUGUUUAAUGGAUACAGUUUCUGUUUGGGGUGGUGAGCAAGUUCUAGACAUAGGUAGUAGUGAUGGUUAUUUAAUAUUAUGAAUGUUAAUGGUCCCGAAUUGUCCUCUUAAAAAGACUAAAAUGUUACAUUUUGUUAUUUUUUCCAUAUACCAUAUUAAAAAUAUUUAUCUAGAACAGGCAAAUUUUAUUUUCUUCAUUCCUCUCCUGAUGAGAAUGUUUUAGGCAUUAGAACUUAGAAUCUGAAUUGUGAAAAUCUCCUUAGUUGAUAAACCUGUUUUACUAGCCUUAAUCUGAUAUGUUCCCACAUUAAUAACUACCACAAAAGCCUUUUGACAUUAGUAAUAACACAAGUACUUCCAUGAAGCUGUUCUGUUCUGUUCGUGGAAUUGGUGUGUUAUAGAGAGUACACACAUGAGCACUGGGAAAGAGUUCCUUUCCCAUCACCAUUUUAGUGACUGUCUCUAGGUUUCUCUCAUAGAAAUGUUCUUUACUUUCCAACAUGUUGCUUUUCUUUCCUGGAAUGUUGGAAUAUUUGGACCUUAAUCCAGAUUCUGGAUACAGGUAUGUAUUCCAUUCAUGAAAUCUGAUUGAGGAAUUUACUUAUAUGCUUUCUAUAUUGUUAAUGUUUAAAAAUAAUAAAAAUGGUUUAAAUGGUAAA